AUGUUGUUUAAAAAGUUUGCGGAAACAUCGAUCGGAAACAGCAGCGAUGGACGAAGCGACAAGAAGCUGAGGCAACUCCUAGACGAAUUCACCUCAAGGGCCAUCCCACUCAAGCAUCAUGUCCAAAUGAGGAAACUUGAUUCCGCGAAGAAGGCCAUGGUUGGAUAUGGGUCCACAUCGUCGAGGAGCGCCGAAUUUUCUAUGGACUCAGAAGGAGGGACGAGAUCGACCUCAAUCUCGACCACUUCGAAAAGAAGGAUGUCAACAGAUCGACCU